GGUAGCCUGUGGUGCACUUUCCUAAACCAGGAACAACAGUCGCGCAAGUCAUUGCGAGAUGGCUCAGCAAUUGUUAUUAAAAUUAAUUUGCGAUCAUCAAGGAGCAUUGGACUAUGCACAUCUGGCAGAUGUUGGGGUUGGGGCAGAUACGUUCUGCGCUCUUGAUAAACUUGUUGAAAACGAUUUAUUUUCUAUAGCGCUGUGCAAUGGAAACAAACGCAUUAUUGCGAAAACGAAAGUUAGACGCUGCAAAGCGCAGCAAUGUGAUGGCUGCAAUGAUUUACACCUGUGUAAAUUUUAUCUAUUUGGGGACUGCAAGAAUAGUAGGGGAAGACGAACAUGCCGCUUUGGCCAUGACCUUCACUCCGAACACAACUCCAUAGUUUUGAGAGAGCAUAAACUUGAGACGCUGAGUAGACAGGAACUCCGGCAGCUAUUAUUACAGAAUGACAACUCUCUCCUUCCACCGGUGUGCAACUCUUAUAACAAAGGCACCGGGCCAUAUGGCAACUGCCCUGAUCAGGAGGGGUGCAGGAGACUUCACAUGUGCGACAGGUACAUCAGAGGAACCUGCUCCUCGGGAGCCAACUGCAACAGGUGUCAUGACUUCUUCGAGCCCCACCCACGGAGGACCCUGCAGCAGAGGGGAGUGCCAAACGAUCUAAUGGCGUCCAUGUUGUCCACCUACCAGAACAUCCAGGCCAUGAAAAGUGAAGGUGCCGGCGGUGCUUCUUCCAUCAACAGGCCCCAGAGCUGUCCUCCGAGAAAUACAGUGAGGAAUGAGAUCUGCCUGUUCUUUGUCAAGGGGGACUGCAAACAAGGAGAGAAAUGCUGGAGAGUCCACUUCAAAAUGCCCUACAAGUGGGAAGUGAACAAUGGACAGACUUGGUCAGCUCUGCCAGAAAAUGAAGUGAUCGAGAGAGACUUCUGUGACCCUUCUAAGAUACACAGUGAGGGAUCUGAGCGUGUGCAGUUCAACUCCAUGAGCCGCGGAUUAUGGGAAGUUCGCCGUCUCUCCACAGUUUCCUCUGUGACCCAGCCCACAUACGUACUCACCACAGAGUGGGCAUGGUUCUGGGAGGACGAGUACGGCAAAUGGGUCCAGUACGCAUCCGUCAAAGAGAUGCACAGAUUGUCAUCCAUCACCAGUGAAGACCUUGAGAAAAGGUACCAGGAGGAUCAAAGUGCUGUGGUGAAGUUCGUUGCAGGCCAGCAGUCUUAUGAGCUGAGUUUCAGAGACAUGACACAAAAAAACAAAACAUAUGGUACUGUAAGGAUGGUCAGACGACGUCCUGUCUUUGUUUCAACUGUGGACGCACAAGCUGCAAGAAGCAGGAGAAAUGGACCACGCAAUUUCAGAGCUGUUCCUGGAUCUUGGGACAAGUCUGCGAUACCUGACAUUGGAUACAAGACAGUCACUCUUCUGAGUUCUGACAGGGACUAUCAGAAGGUCCAGGAACUUUUCAACAAGACCAUGAGGUGCGUCCAAAUCACCAGCAUCGAGAGGGUCCAAAACAGGGACCUCUGGGAAGUCUUCCAGUGGAAAAGAGAUUUAAUGAAGAAAAACAAUGGAGGUCAAAACAGCAAGGAGCUACAUCUCUUCCACGGAACGGACCCAAAACACGUAGACUCCAUUUGCAGAGAUAACUUUGACUGGAGACUGUGUGGAACCAACGGAACUGUGUACGGCGAAGGGAGUUACUUUGCCAGGGAUGCCAAGUACUCACACAGCUACACCAGCCACUCAGGAGUGAGGUCCAUGUUUGCUUGUCAGGUGCUUGUUGGCGACUACACACAGGGGAACUCGGGGCUCCGUCGCCCCCCUCCAAAAGGCGAAGGAAGCCCGACUCUCUAUGACAGCUGUGUGGACAAUGUCCUGAACCCAUCCAUAUAUGUGGUGUUUGAAAGGCACCAGGUUUACCCAGAGUUCCUCAUCAAAUACAAUGAUAGCGUCAUGAACUGGCCCACUUCGGCUCCAGCUCCACCCAAAACUGUCUCUAUCCAAUCCACUUCCUUAACCCCAACAUCCAACCGGAUUCAAGCCACAGCUGCUGUCACCCCAUCGAAGAGAGUUCCAUCCACUUUAAAUCCAUCUAAAACUGCAGCCACCACUUCCUCAAAUCCAACCCAUUCUCGUCCCACUUCACGUUUUGUCCAUCAGUCUCUCCCAAAACCUGCCCAAGCCCCAUUGAUAUUCAUUCAAUCUCCAGUCCUCAUGAAGCCAACCACAAGUUCUCAAUUAGUGGAUAUCACCCUAGGCCCAGAUUUCACUCCCUCAUUUGCAAACCUCUCUCACACACUCACUACCCCAGCCAGUACACCCUCUCGUACGCUCACUACCCCAACCAGUACACCCUCUCGUACGCUCACUACCCCAGCCAGUACACCCUCUCGUACGCUCACUAGCCCAGCCAGUACACCCUCUCGUACGCUCACUAGCCCAGCCAGUACACCCUCUCGUACGCUCACUAGCCCAGCCAGUACACCCUCUCGUACGCUCACUAGCCCAGCCAGUACACCCUCUCGAACGCUCACUAGCCCAGCCAGUACACCCUCUCGUACGCUCACUAGCCCAGCCAGUACACCCUCUCGAACGCUCACUACCCCAGCCAGUACACCCUCUCGUACGCUCACUAGCCCAGCCAGUACACCCUCUCGUACGCUCACUAGCCCAGCCAGUACACCCUCUCGUACGCUCACUACCCCAGCCAGUACACCCUCUCGUACGCUCACUACCCCAGCCAGUACCAUCUCUUAUACGCUCCCUACCCCAGCCAGUACCCUCUCUUAUACGCUCCCUACCCCAGCCAGUACCCUCUCUCAUACACUCCCUACCCCAGCCAGUACCCUCUCUUAUACACUCACUACCCCAGCCAGUACCCCCUCUCCUACGCUCACUACCCCAGCCAGUACCCCCUCUCCUACACUCACUACCCCAGCCAGUACCCCCUCUCCUACACUCCCUACCCCAGCCAGUACCCUCUUUUAUACAUUCACUACCCCAGCCAGUACCCCCUCUCCUACACUCACUACCCCAGCCAGUACCCUCUCUUAUACACUCACUACCCCAGCCAGUACCCUCUCUCCUACACUCACUACCCCAGCCAGUACCCUCUCUUAUACACUCCCUACCCCAGCCAGUACCCUCUCUUAUACAUUCACUACCCCAGCCAGUACCCCCUCACCUACACUCACUACCCCAGCCAGUACCCCCUCUCCUACACUCACUACCCCAGCCAGUACCCCCUCUCCUACACUCACUACCCCAGCCAGUACCCUCUCUUAUACAUUCACUACCCCAGCCAGUACCCCCUCUCCUACACUCACGCCCUCACCCAGUACCCCCUCUUAUACAUUCACUACCCCAGCCAGUACCCCCUCUCCUACACUCACUACCCCAGCCAGUACAGCCUCUCGUAGACUCGCUCCCCCAGCCAGUACAGCCUCUCGUAGACUCGCUCCCCCAGCCAACACCGCCUCUCGAAGACUGGCUCCCCAACCCCCAACCCCCUCUCCUACACUCACGCCCUCACCCAGUGCCCCAUCUUGCACACUCACACCCUCACCCAGUACCCCCUCUUAUACAUUCACUACCCCAGCCAGUACCCCCUCUCCUACACUCACUACCCCAGCCAGUACAGCCUCUCGUAGACUCGCUCCCCCAGCCAGUACAGCCUCUCGUAGACUCGCUCCCCCAGCCAGUACAGCCUCUCGUAGACUCGCUCUCCCAGCCAACACCGCCUCUCGAAGACUGGCUCCCCAACCCCCCAACCCCUCUCCUACACUCACUCCCUCAGCCAGCACCCCCUCUCGCACACUUUCCACUUUAGCUGGCACCCUAUCUCUGGCUCACACCCGCUUAACGACCACUACUCGCACUCUCUCUGCCAGCAGUACCUCUCACCCACUAUCCCCUUCAUACUCAUUGAGCACACCUUACCACACACUUUCUCACUCAUCAUACUCCCCCACUUACACACAAACUCCCUCACGCACUUCCCCCUCCUCGUCAAGCAAUUCUUCUAGCACACUCUCCCCCUCAGCAAGCAACCCAUCUCGGGUGUUAUCUCCCUCGACAGGUGCCUUCACUGGAUCCCCUCCUGAGUCACUGUACAGUGUUCCAACAGCUCAAAGGAGGGACACCAAAGAAAAAAACAAGUGCCUUCUGCAAUAACUUGCCUUUGUCAGGUUGGAGCAGUAAGUUAAUAGAACGUUUUGAUGGCAAACUUCACAUUUUCAAAUGUUCAAAAACAGAAAAUGUAUUAAAAUGAUGAAUGAUAAUUCAUUUGCACACGAAAUAUGUUUUAUAGCUGUGUAUCUUUACCUUGUAGGGGCUUAACAAUAGUAAAGCUGUUCACAACUAACCAGAAGUUGGUAAUUUUGCACAAAUAUGAAUUUGAUGAGCAUGUUUCCUUUACUCAGGUCUGCUGACACAGUCCAUACAUUUUGUAAAUGAAACAAGUUUGAUUUCUUUGUUUUAAACUGAAUAAACUCAAAAAAUCAU